GAAAAGCGGCUGGCCAUCUACAAGGAGAAUCUGAAUUCCAACGAUCGACUGCAUAAAAAGUCCUCCACAAGAGGCAUCACCUACAUGCCUACUAAGGUAAGGUGGUCGAUGGUCGAUGGUAAGGCGCGGCUAAAUCACGAUGUGGAUCGGUCACAGUCAUUUGCCGUCUAUUGUUACUCAGUGCUGCUUUUCGAACUACUGAAAACUUUUCCUAUCCUGCUGCAAAGAGAGACGAUUGCAGUGGGUAUAAGCAGGGUACAAUACCAGCCCGAGGAUCGGCGGAGGAACAAGUCCGUCAGUCACAGAACUCGAGGCAGGUUUCUGCAGGGCGCCCUCUGGGAUGCCAUUGUCAUUAUCCAGUUAGGUAAUUCGACCCAACCCCAUCUCGUGUCUAACAAGAAAGCCGGUGGGUUCGUGCUGCUGCUAGGCCGCAUCUCGCCGCAUCUCGCCGCCACCAAUCGGGCAUUGCCCGCCGCCUUGAGACUGGCGGCUCAAGUCCGAGGUUUAUCGGGUGAUCAAUCAAGCGCCUAUGCAAAAAUGUGUACGAGUAUAGAGAAAGAUGAAAAGAAGCCGGCGAGAUCUAGCCACAGAAGCUUCAGGAGAUCCCGUUUGCUUGAUUGGCAGCUCCAUUUACGCUUCAAUGCUGAAAGGCACUAAUAUGAUGGAGAUGGACUCUACGACGAUGCUCGUGAAAAGAUGAAGCCGUCUCGCCUCGGCUAAGAACUGCUUACAAAUGCGGCCCUCGACAGUCGAUCUCAGCCCAGUCCCAAUAUGUGUUAAGCUCUCGCAACACAAAUAGGAAAUGAAAUGCGACUCAGAGAACCGCUUUCUAUCGGUCUCGGAUCGGACCGUGGAGAAGAAGCUUGUCCAUCUAAUAGAGACAAGUUGACUCAGGGCUUGUCGCUGGAAAGGAAGCCACAGGGCGCCAAGUGAUAAAAGUAUUG